AUUUCUUGAACAUAUAUAUAUUAAAAGAAUAUCGGUUUUAUCAAUUUAUUAUUUAUUGGUUGUAUAUAAUGAAAACUGCAAAUGUUGUCCCAGCCUUGUGGUGGGACAAGGAGGGAACAGUGAAUCCAUGGGAAGCUAUGGGUUGUUAGAUUAUUUUAUAUUGCUAAAGAUGGGUUCAAAAGUGUCCAUGCAUGUGAGCCCAUGCUCGACACAGUAAGUUGGAUUAUCUUCACUUUGCCUCCCUCUUCAAACAGCACUAUUGUUUCUCAUGAUGGAAGAGCUAUCACCAUUGAUGGUCAACGUAAAAUUCUACUGUCCGGUUCAAUUCACUAUCCCCGAAGCACAACUGAGAUGUGGCCUGAUCUGAUAAAUAAAGCAAAAGAAGGUGGAAUAGAUACAAUUGAAACCUAUGUUUUCUGGAAUGCGCAUGAACCACUGCGUCGUCAAUACGAUUUUACGGGCAAUCUUGAUCUUGUAAGGUUUAUCAAAACCAUUCAAGAUGCUGGACUUUAUGCUGUUCUUCGUAUAGGACCAUAUGUCUGUGCUGAAUGGAAUUAUGGAGGAUUACCUGUGUGGCUCCAUAAUAUUCCUGGAAUCGAACUUCGUACCGCAAAUGGUCCUUAUAUGGAUGAGAUGAAAAAUUUUACAACCUUGAUAGUAGACAUGAUGAAAAAAGAAAAGCUUUAUGCAUCACAAGGAGGCCCUAUUAUAAUUUCUCAGAUUGAGAAUGAAUAUGGGAAUGUAAUGACAUCCUAUGGUGAUGCUGGGAAAGCUUAUAUUGAUUGGUGUGCUAAGAUGGCUGAUUCUCUAGAUAUUGGAAUUCCAUGGAUUAUGUGCCAACAAAAAGAUGCUCCACAGCCAAUGAUAAACACAUGCAAUGGUUGGUACUGUGAUUCAUUCACUCCAAACAAUCCCAAUAGUCCCAAGAUGUGGACUGAAAAUUGGACUGGAUGGUUUAAGAAUUGGGGUGGUAAAGAUCCACAUAGGACUGCCGAGGAUGUUGCUUAUGCUGUUGCACGGUUCUAUCAAACUGGUGGCACAUUCCAGAAUUACUAUAUGUAUCAUGGCGGAACUAACUUUGGAAGAACAGCUGGUGGUCCAUACAUCACCACAUCUUAUGAUUAUGAUGCACCUCUUGAUGAAUAUGGUAAUUUAAAUCAACCAAAAUGGGGACAUCUAAAGGAGCUCCAUAAUGUAUUGAAGUCGAUCGAGAAGACACUCACUUAUGGAAACAUAUCCACAUCUGAUUUGGGGAAUGAUAUUUCGGCAACCAUAUAUGCUACCAACGAUACAUCAAGCUGCUUUAUCAGCAAUUCUAAUACCACUACGGAUGCUACAGUCAACUUUCAAGGAAGUAAAUAUAAUGUUCCUGCUUGGUCUGUUAGCAUUCUUCCAGAUUGCAAGAAUGAAGUUUAUAAUAGUGCAAAGGUGAACACUCAAACUUCUGUGAUGGUAAAGAAGUCAAAUGAAGCAGAAAGUGAACCAAGUUCUCUUAAAUGGGUGUGGAGGCCCGAGAACGUUGAUGAAACGGUGUUACAUGGCAAGGGUGAUGUUGCAGCAAGUCAGCUCAUAGAUCAAAAGGUUACUAAUGAUGUUAGUGAUUAUUUGUGGUACAUGACAAGCGUAAACAUCAAGGAUGAUGAUCCCAUCUGGAGUGAUAAUAUGACCAUCAGAGUUAAUGGUACUGGUCAUGUUCUUCAUGCUUAUAUCAAUGGCGAACAUAUAGGUUCUGAAUGGGCAACAUAUGGCAUCUUCAACUACGUGUUUGAGAAGAAGGUUAAGCUGAAUCCUGGAAAGAAUCAAAUAUCCCUACUCAGUGCUACUGUUGGGCUACAGAACUAUGGUCCUAAUUAUGAUGAGGUACAAUCGGGGUUACCAGGACCAGUUGAGCUGAUCGGAAGGAAAGGUGACGAGAGAGUGAUAAUGGACUUGUCAGCGCAUAAAUGGGUGUACAAGGUGGGAGUAAGUGGCAUUGAUGAUAAUAAGUUGUACACUGAGGACUCACGGAAUGAAACCAAGUGGUACGUAGAGGAUCUCCCCACCAACAGGAUGAUGACUUGGUAUAAGACUACUUUCAAAGCUCCAUUGGGAAAAGAAGCAGUAGUGUUAGACUUGCAAGGGUUGGGCAAAGGUUUUGCUUGGGUGAAUGGUCACAACAUUGGACGAUACUGGCCUAGCUUUCUAGCUCAGGAGGAUGGUUGUAGCACUGAUGCUUGUGAUUAUCGUGGUGAAUACGACGACAAAAAAUGUGUCUACAACUGUGGUCAACCCACACAAAGAUGGUACCAUGUUCCACGGUCGUUUAUGACCAACGAUGUAAACACAUUGAUUCUAUUUGAGGAGUUUGGAGGCAACCCAUCUCUAGUGAACUUCCAAACUGUUGAGGUUGGGACAGCUUGUGGAAAUGCUUACGAAAACAACCACAUGGAAUUGUCAUGCCAUGGUCGACCCAUUUCAGCCAUCAAGUUCGCUAGUUUCGGAGACGUACAAGGCACAUGUGGCUCACUCCAAAAGGGCACUUGCCAAGCCAAUAAUGAUGCAUCCUCCAUAGUCCAAAAAGCAUGUGUUGGAAAGGAGACCUGCAGCGUCAAGGCUUCCGAAGAAGUUUUUGGGGCGACUGGCUGUGCUGGGGAUGUUGCCAAGAGGCUUGUGGUGGAGGCAGUUUGCUAGGGAAUCUUUUUUCUUUCUUUUUUUAGUUAAUUUUGGUAAAUGGUAGAUUUUUUUACCAGAUUGUUACUCUAGUGGGUGGUUAAUUUUUUAAUUUCAAAUUUUAAUUAGUCUUUUGCUACUCGAUUUUUUUUUUUUUUUUUCUAAAUAAAUAAUUAUCAUAGUUUUCUUAGCACAUAUCUCUCCAUUUAUUUAUUAUUAUUACUAUUGCAUCACUUUUAUAUAUUCAGUAUUCAAUAAUCCACGGGGUUCUUCUUUUCAGACUACAAAGAAUAAUGGUCCAUUUGCUAAGGGUCCGUUUGGCAUGCGUUUUGUUUUUGGCUAAAACAGAAAUAAUGUUUUUGUUGUAGGAGUGUUUUUGGGGACUAUAUUUUGCUGUAGAAAUGGGAGAAAC